CUGACACCUCUAUCCAUCACCACUUUCUUUCCCUUUUUAUCAAUUCUCAACUUUCCUCCAUAGUCAACCAUUUCUCCUUCUCACUCUCAUCUCAUUCUUCUUCAUUUGUGUAGAUAAAACUUCUUACUUACACUUUUAUCGUGUACUUUUCAAACUUCAAUUUAUUUUUAUAAAUGCAAUUAUUUUAUUUAAAUGCAAUUAAUUUAUUAAAAACCAACUCCAAAUCACUCAACUUGUCUGAAACUGAAUAUAUUAACCUCAUCCGAUCUACAUUUCCCAUCAUAUAGUGAUAUUAUCCCAUAUAAAAUUCCCUAAAGAUGAUGAAGUAUUUAUUAAAUUUCUAAUAUUUUCAGAUCCCAAUUUUAUGGUGUACACGAUUUCUAUUUUCUAGGUGUGUAUUUAAUUUUUUUUCAUUUAAAAAAAAAGGAAAUUAAAGUCAAACAAGUUCUCUCUCUGUUUCUUUCACCCUUCCCCAAACACACCCUUGUGAAAAAUGAUGCAUUCUCUCUCCUCCCCUUACACUACUGGCACUACUAGUCGUGCAUUAUUAUUAUAUAGUGGCAACAGUAGUAGCAGCAGCAGUAGUAGUACCCAACAACCAUCCAGACUCAAUAUCAAAACGAACUCGUUCUUUUGCGAUCUGGGUACUAAUUUUUGCCUAUUUAACGAAAAGGGUCGCCGUGAUUUACUCUACGGUCGCCGGAAAAUGACUACGGAUAAUCAUCUCCGGCAUGUUGAGUCUUUACCAGUUUUUCCCUCUGGCGCUGGGAAUAUUCCUCGUUUGAAUGCUGUUAUUCUUGGUGAAGCUCUUGCCUCUGAAGAAAAUGAUUAUGUUUUCCCCAGUGAUGAUUUCUCCCGCAAUGCCCACGUUUCUUCUCCUUCUCAGUAUUUGGAGAUGUAUAAGAGGUCAGUGGAGGAUCCAGCAGGGUUUUGGUCAGAAAUUGCAUCAGAAUUUUAUUGGGAGAAGAAAUGGGGAGAUAAAGUUUGUUCAGAGAAUCUGGAUGUGGGUAAAGGAGCUGUUAACAUUGAGUGGUUCAAAGGUGGUAUCACCAACAUUUGCUACAAUUGUUUGGAUAGAAAUGUUGAGAUCGGAAAUGGCGAUAAAGUUGCAUUGUAUUGGGAAGGAAAUGAUCUAGGCAGUGAUGACAGUUUGACUUACAGUCAGCUCCUGGAAAAAGUUUGCCAGCUUGCAAAUUACUUGAAAGAUGUCGGUGUUAAGAAGGGUGAUGCUGUUAUUAUCUAUCUGCCCAUGCUCAUGGAACUGCCGAUUGCAAUGCUUGCUUGUGCUCGAAUCGGUGCUAUUCACUCGGUUGUCUUUGCUGGGUUCUCUUCAGAAUCCCUUGCCCAAAGGAUAGUAGAUUGUAAGCCAAAGGUUGUCCUUACUUGCAAUGCUGUCAAAAGAGGAGCAAAGGUUAUUGGUCUCAAAGACAUUGUAGACGCUGGUCUUGCUGAAUCAACUAAGAACGGCGUUUCAGUAGAUGUAUGCCUAACAUAUGAAAACCAGACAGCCCUGAAGAGAGAGAACACUAAAUGGACUCAAGGAAGAGAUAUUUGGUGGCAGGAUGUUGUUCCAAAGUACCCCAGUACUUGUGAUGUUGAAUGGGUUGAUGCAGAGGAUCCUCUAUUUCUGCUUUAUACUAGUGGAAGCACAGGAAAACCAAAGGGUGUCCUGCACACAACUGGAGGGUACAUGGUAUACACUGCUACAACAUUUAAGUAUGCGUUUGACUAUAAGCCCUCGGAUAUAUACUGGUGCACUGCUGACUGUGGUUGGAUUACUGGACAUAGUUAUGUAACAUAUGGCCCUUUGCUCAAUGGUGCUUCAUGUAUUGUUUUUGAAGGGGCUCCAACUUACCCUGAUGCCAGUCGCUGCUGGGAUAUUGUUGAUAAAUACAAAGUGUCAAUAUUCUAUACUGCCCCUACACUGGUCAGAUCUCUCAUGCGUGAGGGUACUCAGCAUGUUACUCGUUACUCACGCAAGUCCUUAAGGGUUUUAGGGAGUGUCGGCGAGCCAAUCAAUCCCAGUGCAUGGAGGUGGUUCUUUAAUGUUGUUGGAGAUUCAAGGUGCCCUAUAUCUGACACUUGGUGGCAGACUGAAACUGGCGGCUUUAUGAUAACUCCCUUACCGGGUGCCUGGGCGCAGAAGCCAGGUUCUGCCACAUAUCCUUUCUUUGGAGUUCAGCCUGUCAUUGUAGAUGAAAAGGGCAAUGAAUUAGAAGGUGAGUGUAGCGGAUACUUAUGUGUAAAGCACUCAUGGCCUUCAGCUUUCCGUACUCUAUUUGGUGAUCACGAAAGAUAUGAAACCACAUAUUUCAAGCCAUUCCCUGGUUAUUAUUUUACUGGUGAUGGUUGUAGCAGGGAUAAAGAUGGUUACUACUGGCUCACUGGAAGAGUGGAUGAUGUCAUCAAUGUCAGUGGCCACCGUAUAGGAACUGCUGAAGUGGAAUCUGCCCUAGUUUCACAUCCUCAAUGUGCUGAGGCUGCUGUUGUUGGUGUUGAGCAUGAGGUUAAAGGGCAGGGAAUUUACGCAUUUGUUACCUUGGUCGAGGGUGUUCCUUACAGUGAAGACCUUCGUAAAAGUCUUGUUAUGGCCGUCCGUACUCAGAUUGGAGCAUUCGCAACUCCAGAUAAGAUUCACUGGGCACCUGGGCUCCCAAAAACAAGAAGCGGAAAGAUAAUGAGGCGUAUUCUGAGAAAGAUAGCGUCAAGGCAACUAGAUGAGCUGGGUGACAUCAGCACUCUGGCAGAACCAGCUGUUGUAGAUCAGCUUAUCGCCCUUGCAGACAAAUAGAAAGAUGAAUCACCCUGUACCCAAUAUACCUUCAUCCUUACAGUCAAAUUCUUUUGGACUACGUACAAGGGAAGAUUUUCCAUAGGUUCAGGAAUUCUUGCUAUCAAUCCGCUCGCCAAAUUAAUGCUGGUUUCUUCUUGUGAAAUUCUACAGUCAUCCUUUCUUGUACCAGAGUUGUUGUUUCAUUAUUAUGGUCUAAUAGGGGAACUGGUUCUAUUUUUCCGGUACUCAAUUUUGUCCUGAUUUUUCUUUUUCCUAUUAGACUUACAGUUUAUUCUGUAAUAAAAGCUUGUCCUGUAAGACUUGCAUAUUUUUGCAACUAUUGGAGAACGAUUCGAAUU